UUAAACGAUAAAAUAUUAAAGAUCACCUAAGUGCAUAUUCCUUAAUGACUGUUCUGGUGAACUUACUUGCUGUAAUUAGAAUAUAGCGGCAACCUUAGAAAGGAUCACAAUGUCGGGGACGCCUACCCGUCACGUGCCCUGCCAAAAGUCCAGUUCCACCCCUUGCGGAGCCCCGGAGGGCAGGCAGUCGGGGGUGAGGGGCUGCGAUCUGGACUCCACAGGCGACUCGACGUACUCGCUGCUGUCCCCGAUCUACCACGACAGCUUCGAAAGCGCGUCUGAAGAUCAGGAGGAGCCUCGGCCACAGCCCGACCCCCCUCCUUCACACAGCUGCGACAUAAAGCCCAGCGACGGUACUAAGAAGCAUAAAGCUAAGACACUCAUCCGCAUGGAACUGGAAAGAUCUCCCUCUGUAGAGUUUGAUCUGACUGCCUGGGAAGAAUGGAUUGUUCGAAAAGCCAGAGAGGAGCGCACUGAAAUGCAGAAGAGAGCUUUGAAGGAGAUGGCUCUAAAGGAAGAAAAAAUGGAAAAAGAGAAGGACCUGGAAAGAAAGAAGAUCGCUGCUGAGGAAAAGCUGCGUGACUGGCUUCAGGUGAAGAAACAGCAGGAAAAGUUAGAAAAUGAAAUGAAGAGAAGCAAAGAGCUGGAAGAGAUGGAGAGUAAGGAGCAGAAGAGGAGGGAAACCGAGGAAAAGGCACAGCAGCAAUAUAAAGAGUGGCUCAAGAAGAAGAAGCAGGAAGAGAUGGAAAAAAAGCAAAAGGAAAAGGAAGAAGCCAGUAAAAGAGAGGCUGAGCUCAAAGAAAGGAGAAGAAAAGCGGAAGAGAAGUUCCAGGAAUGGUUAAAAAGUGCGAAGGACAAGCCUCGUCCUGUCUCCAACAGCUUUGCUUACUCCAAUGGAAAACUCACAGGAUACUACGAUGGCACCUCCUAUCCAGCACCAAGCUUCUACAACCCUAUUCCCUGGAAGCCUAUCCACAAUCCCCCACCAGAAGACUCACUGAAGAAAAAUUCCAUUAGGAAAAACAAGAAGCCCAGCAGUUCUGCACUGUAUAGACAGACCCCAGCUGUGAGCUGUAAGCCGAAAGACAGCCUCACUGUGGGGUCAUCACAGAAGCACAGGAGGUGACGAGAGAGUGCAGUGUAUGGACUACACAGCUGCCUGGGAGGCAGCAUCUUAAUUGCCCUGUCCCUUUCCUAGAAACUCCUGCUUGCUUUUUUUGGUUCUUUUCUUGAAAAGAAAAAAAAUUGGCAUUUUGGAAGCAAGACUGGCAUUAACAUUUCUCAUUCAUUUUCUUUAAGAAGAAAAACGUUUGUUGAAUCGUUUCUGUUACUGAAAUUUCUAUGGGGAGCACACUGGCUCUUUAAAAUGACCAGCUUUUCAGAUUUGUAAAUAGAGUAAAAAUUGGAGUCAUUUUUUUUAAUUUGCUUAA